AGAUCUCGGAAAGUCGAGAUUUUUAGCUCGGAAUCCGUGGAACGUAAAACCCUUCUCAUUCAUUUCUCCUAAAAUUCCGCGGUUCCUCGUAAGUUCGGAUAUCUACGGCAGUAGAUUGGCCCUGACGUCACUUAUUAGAGAUCACUUUUUAGUAACGACGCAAAUACACGUGCUUUGGAGCAAAUCAAAUCACGCGACACGUAAUAACGUCAUAAACAACUCGAGGUAUCACUCUUAUCGGAAUGUAAAUGCCCUCAUCUUAGCUCUUCUUUUUGAAAGUUGCCAGACUCGAACCCGCAGGAGUCAGUCCUACUCGAUCAGGACGUGUAACAUGUGCCUCAUCUCACGCACCUUGAGGAAAAAUGUCCUGCCCCGAGGAUCCGAAGGCUCCCGCCGGCAGGAAGAUUACUGUCUGGCCGCAGCGGGUGGCCGCCCUUACCAUCAGUCUAGCAGCCAUUGUUAGCGGCCUAGCGACUGGCUGGGCUUCGCCGUAUUUAGCGCAAUUAACAUCAGCGGAAGCAGGAACCCUCCUGAAAUUAACUGAUGCCGAGGCAUCCUGGGUGGCUUCCUUCUUGAGUCUUGGACGCCUGAUUGGUGCGCUUCUCGGAGCUUUUUGUCAAGAACAUGUUGGACGAAAGAGGGUGCUUCUAUUAUCGGGCUUGCCGUUAGUCUCCGGAUGGAUCUUCAGCAUCUACGCUACAUCGGUCACGUGGCUCUACCUUUCCCGAUUCUUCUCUGGGAUCGGAUCGGGCGUACUAUGGCCCGCGAUGUCUUUAUACCUCGGCGAGAUUGCCGAUCCUCGCAUCCGAGGCUCGCUGAUAUCUAUAAACAUAAAUGCAUCGUCCGUGGGUAUGUUCCUGGGUAAUGCGAUGGGUCCUUAUCUAUCUAUGGAGAUGUACGGCUAUGUGAGCCUCAUUCCGACUAUCCUCUUCGUGGCCCUCUUCAGCCUGAUACCUGAGUCGCCCUAUCAUUAUGUCCUUCAUGGCAAUAUUGACGAAGCCGAGGCAUCCCUCAAGUGGUUUCGACCAGAAGCUGACGUCAAGGCGGAGAUGCAGGAGCUCCAGGAUUUCGUCGAGGGUGCUAAUACCGAUAUCCUGAAAAAACUCAACGAUUUCCUGUUACCAGCAAAUCUGAAGAAUGUCUUCAUCUUAUUCGGCCUAAACGUUUUCGUCUAUGCAAGUGCGUACAACACUAUAAAUUCCUAUGCGGAGAUUAUCAUCACCAAGUCCCAAGUGAGCGUAACUCCCUCAAUUGUGGUGAUGGGACUGGGCUUCUCCCAGAUCAUUGCUGGAGCCACCGCAGUCUUCGUCGUGGACAAAUUCGGCCGGAAGAACCUGCUGAUCGUUUCCAGCAUUGGCGUCGCCAUCUCGCUCACCGUUCUUGGCUUAGACUUUUAUUUUCUUUCUCUAAAUUUUGAUCGUGAAAAGCUCACGUGGUUGCUGAUCAUAUCGUUACUAUCUUUUAACAUUUUCGUGUGCUACGGCCUAGUUCCAGUGCCCAGUACGCUUCUGGGCGAAAUGUUUCCGGCGAAUCUCAAGAAUUUGGCGUCUCUCUGUAUCGCCUCGGGCAACGCCAUGCUGACCUUCAUGUUCGCCAAGAGCUAUCAGCCCUUUCUCAAUUUGGCCGGAGAAACGAUCGUCUUCUGCAGCUAUGGAUUAUUCGUUUCUAUAGCAGUACCCUACGUGUGGUAUUUCAUCUCUGAGACAAAGGGCAAGAGCUUGCUGGAUAUCCAGCGAUCCGUAAAAUCGUAAAAUGUCGCAAAAUAUCGGAUUAUUAAAACGGACUUUGAUGAAAUGUUAUGUUUAUUCCUAAGAGAAUUUCAGAGAAAAUCGAUCUUAAAUUAAUCAAAGAACCUAUAUAGCAAAGUGCCAUAUUUUUAAUAUAUGUCAUAUAAAAACCAGUUCUAGAAUUAGAAUAAAUUAAACAUUUCCAGAUUGAGGAUUUUAGCCUAAGAUCUACAUAAUACAUAUACUUUUUUCUGAAAUAUUAAUUUCUGUAAAUUAAUGAUAAAAAUCAAUGUAAUUCAAAUGUUAUGUGAUAAAAAUGUAGUAUUUAUCUUACGGACUAUAAUAAUAAUAAUAAUUAACUAUAAUAAUAAUAAUAAUAAGAUAAUAUAAUAUUUAUAUAUAUCUCAUAGAUAAAAAGUCGGAUUCAUAAUUUUAGAUUAUAUGCAUUUAAAAAUGUUUGAGAAUAUAUAUUAAUAUUCUCGAAAACAACAUA